AUUGUUCUUUAGUUCACCACUUUUAUUUUUCGUGGUAAAAUUUAUAAAAUAUUAAUUUAUUUUCUGAGUUAUGAAUAAGAUAGAUCUAUUUACAACAUGGCUUUAAAGAAGGUUAAAGGAAACAUAGAGAGGAUGUUUGAUAAAAAUCUAACAGAUCUCGUUCGUGGUAUCCGAAACAACAAAGAUAAUGAGGCUAAGUAUAUAGCCCAGUGUAUGGAAGAAAUUAAAGUGGAACUGCGACAGGAUAAUAUAGCAGUGAAAGCUAAUGCCGUCGCGAAGUUGACAUAUCUACAAAUGUUAGGAUAUGAUAUAUCAUGGGCUAUAUUUAACGUGAUAGAGGUGAUGAGUUCAAAUAAGUUUACAUAUAAGCGUAUCGGAUACUUAGCUGCCAGUCAAUCUUUCCAUGCUGAUUCGGAAUUGCUUAUGCUUACAACAAAUAUGAUUAGAAAAGAUUUGAAUGCCCAAAAUCAGUAUGAAGCUGGGCUUGCUUUGAGUGGCCUUAGCUGCUUCAUUUCUCAUGACCUAGCCAGAGACUUGGCUAACGACAUCAUGACGUUGAUGAGCUCUACUAAGCCGUAUCUUAGAAUGAAGGCUGUUUUGAUGAUGUAUAAAGUAUUUUUGAGAUAUCCAGAGGCGCUAAGACCAGCUUUUCCUAAAUUGAAAGAAAAAUUAGAAGAUCCCGAUCCAGGUGUUCAAUCUGCCGCUGUGAAUGUAGUUUGUGAGUUAGCUAGAAAAAAUCCUAAAAAUUACCUCUCUUUAGCACCAGUUUUCUUCAAAUUGAUGACAACCUCCACUAACAAUUGGAUGCUUAUUAAAAUUAUUAAACUGUUUGGUGCCUUAACCCCAUUAGAGCCCCGACUCGGGAAGAAACUGAUAGAACCAUUAACUAAUUUAAUACAUAGUACAUCAGCGAUGUCGUUGCUGUACGAGUGUAUAAACACGGUGAUAGCGGUGCUCAUCAGCAUCAGCAGCGGCAUGCCCGGCCACGCCGCCUCCGUGCAGCUCUGCGUCCAGAAACUUAGGAUACUCAUUGAGGAUACUGACCAAAACUUAAAAUACUUGGGAUUGCUAGCGAUGUCUCGUAUUCUGAAAUCCCAUCCGAAGUCUGUGCAAGCGCACAAGGACCUCGUGCUGGCGUGCUUGGACGAUAAGGACGAAUCUAUCAGACUCAGAGCUCUAGGGCUGCUCUAUGGAAUGGUUUCAAAGAAGAACCUAAUGGAGAUAGUUAAGAAGCUAAUGCUGCAUAUGGAGCGGGCGGAGGGCACGUUAUACAGGGAUGAGCUGCUCACGCGCAUCAUCGAGAUCUGCUCGCAGAACAACUACCAGCACGUCGUCGACUUCGAGUGGUACAUCACUGUGCUGACUGAGCUCACGGAGAUGGAGACUAGCGCUAAACACGGUGUAGCUAUAGCGGCGCAGCUGACGGAGGUGGGCGCGCGCGUGGCAGAGACGCGAGAGUUUGCGGCGCGCGAGUGUGCGGCGCUGGUGGCGCGCGCCGCCCACACCACGCCGCGCCCCGCCCACCGCGAGGUGCUGUACGCCGCCGCCUUCGUGCUGUCCGAGUACUGCACCGAGGAGACAGUGAUGCGUGAGAGUCUAUCACCGCUGCUGGCGUGCGCGGCGCUGGCGGGCGGCGCGGUGCGGGCGCGGGCGGUGUGCGCGCACGCCGCACUCAAGCUUGCGGCGCGACUCAUGCGGGCGCACGAACUGCGAGGGGAGAAGGAACAGGCGUUGGCUGUGCUACACGAAGCCCUCGCCGGGUUCAAGUCCCUUCUCUGCAGUGAGGACAUGGAGGUUCAGGAGCGAGCACACAACGCGACCACGUUACUGGCGCUGGUACUUCAGAAGAUUGACCCCACUGACCCGGCGCUCGACUUCCUCCCAGAGCUGGCCAGUGUCGACGAUCAGAACCUCAUAGCGCAUCAGAACAACGGCUUGGAAGGUGAUGAAGAGUCGCUAGAAGUUAAGACGGACUUCAGCGGCGGUCUGAUAGAGGAGCUGUACCUGAUGUUUGACGGCGAGCUCAAGCCGGUCGCACCGAAGGCGCAGAAGAAAGUGCCCAUGCCGGCCGACCUGGAUUUAUCGGUCUGGCUAUCGGAAGACCGAUGGUCGUCGGAGAGCUCGAGCUCGGAGGGCGGGGAGGAGUUCACGCCGCAGGAGGAGCUCAAACACACGCCCACACUCACGCAGGAGGAACUCGAUAUGUUGCGCGAGGCGCGUCGCGUGGAGCAGGCGAACAACCCGCACUACCUGAAGGGCGAGUCGCGAUCCUACCACGAGGACGUGCCCGUCGCCGAGAUCGCGCUAGAGGUGCCGCUGCAGAUACAGACCAAGAGAUCUGACAAGUACUUAAUCUCAAGAGAGUCGUCGAGGAAAGCUAAGAAACAUAAGCGGACGUCGAAGAAGCGAAAGAACAAACACGACAAACAUUCCAGCGAGUCGGAGACCGACGAAGACGCGUGCGCGUCGCGGCCGAGCGUGGCGGUGGGCGGGGAGCUGCCGGAGGGCGCGCGCUCCAGCGACGACGAGCCGCCGCCGCCCGCCCCGCACCAGCACCUCGACCUAGACCUGCAUCUGCCUCUCCGAGACGAUGAGCUGUUGACGUCCAGAAUACAACAGUACCCGUCACCGGAGAUCGCCACGCUAAAGAACAAGAAGGAGACGAAGAAAAAAUCCUCAGAGAAGAAAGAGAAAUCUUCUAGCAAGAAGAAGUCGAAAAGCUCCAAGAGCAAACCCAUAGUAGAUCUUAUGUUACCAGAAGACAAGAGUAAUAUAGAAGAUGGUUUACUUCUCGAAGCGGGUGAUGCUCCCGUCAAGAACGGUACGGAAGAAACUUCGAAGCCAGAAAAAGCCAAGACUGAGAAACACAAAAAGUCAAAGAAGGAGAGCAAGGACAAGGACUCAAAGAAAAAGAAGUCGUCUAAGAAAGAUAAACAUGAAACAAAAUUGGGGUACGAGGAAGCGCUAGGUAUAUCGACACCGAGCAAGGAACUUGUAUAGUGUAUAGCUUAGACCCGAGAUAACGGAUCACUCACCUGCUGUCUCAGUGCAAUUGAUUCUUUGAACAAUUAUAUUUUAUAGUUAGUAUAAACCGACUAUGUUUUCAUUCGUAUUCUAAAGUGAAACAUGUCCAUUUAUAUAUAAAAAAAACAUAAAUUUCUAUCGAUGUAGACUAAUAAAUAUGUAUAAUCGUGUAAAUUUUUAUUAAAACAUGUUAACCCUCUGCAAUGCUCAUAAUAUUGCUUUAUAAGAUUUUAUUAUAAGAAAAAUAUUAAAGUUCAUUUUCUCUGUUUAAAACAAUUUUUCUCAACACCUUUUCCUUUCGGUGAUGUCGGUCCUGCCCUAGAAAUAGAUCAAAAGUAAGUUAUGUUUUUUAUAUUCUCUAUAUUCUAUUGCGUAGAGCUUUUGAUCUGACGACAGAAAAUUACAAGAAUUCUGUACAAUAGAUGAA